UUACUCACUUUAAUGCCGAAUUUACCACAAAGACCCAACAAUUACUUCUAUUUACACUUCUAAUUUAUUUACAAACUGAUAUCGAAGCUACUUUGAAAUAUUACAAUAUGCCAAUGGAGUUCUGUCGGGAGACCCUCAGUGUGAAAGGGAAGCUUUUUAAAGCCGGUGAGUUUUUCCACAUCCUUGUUCGGGUAGCAGCAGCAGCAGCAGCAGCAGCAGGGGCUAUGUGUGGUCGUCUCGCGGGUUCAGUCAGAACAAACAUUGACUGGAUGUAACUUAACUUGAAGACAGAGAGUGUGUGGAGUCAAAAUGCUGGGAUGAGGACAUAGUGAAAGUUCAGUGUGGAGUACGGAGUAGUAGAAGCCCUCUGCUGCGUAGAUGGAGGGGCUCCACCGGGUGCAGCAUCGCUGGCGGCAGCUGCUGGGGAGACAUUCAGGAGGAGACUGGUACUCUGCCCCUGGUGGCCCGCCAGACAAAACUCCCGGGGAAGCCCAUGGUACUCCGCAGGCAGUCAGUCGGACAAGGAGAACUGUGUUUGCCCGCCAUGGGCCCCACCAGCAGGAGUACGAAACCGCCUCCAAAGGCUAUAUGGGCAAUGCCAUCCGCUCCUCCAAGUACACCCUGUUGACCUUCAUCCCCAUGAACCUGUUCCAGCAGUUCCACAGGGCCGCCAACCUCUAUUUCCUGUUCCUGGUGUUACUGAACUGGGUGCCAGUGGUUGAAGCCUUUCAGAAGGAAAUCACCAUGAUUCCUCUGCUGGUGGUUCUCAUUGUUAUCGGCAUCAAGGACGCCCUGGAAGACUACAGACGCUACCUGUUCGACAAGAAGGUCAACAACAAUGUGGUGCGAGUGUUCUGUGGUAAGCAGAAGGCCUACAUUGAGCAGCGCUGGCAGGAUGUGCGAGUUGGAGACUUUGUUCGUCUGUCCUGUAAUGAAAUCAUUCCGGCGGACAUGCUGCUGCUGUAUUCGUCUGACCAGCGUGGGGUUUGUUACAUUGAGACCGCCAACCUGGAUGGAGAGACCAACCUGAAACAGAGACAGGUGGUUUCUGACCUCCCGUUGCAGGGUGUAGACUCCCCCCUCGAGAGCUUCCACAGUCGUAUUGAGUGUGAGAACCCCAACAAUGACCUCAGCAGGUUUAGAGGUUACAUGGAGCACCCCAGUGGACUUCGUGUUGGCCUCCACAACAACAACCUGUUGCUGAGGAGCUGCACCGUCCGCAACACUGAGACCGUGGUGGGCAUCGUGGUGUACGCUGGUCUUGAAACUAAAGCCAUGAUGAACAACAGCGGGCCACGGUACAAGCGCAGCCAGCUGGAGAGGCACCUGAACACCGUGGUGCUGUGGUGUGUGCUGCUGCUCUUCAUCAUGUGUCUCACUGCUGCUAUAGGUCACGGCCUCUGGCUGAACAACCUCAAAGACCCGGUCUUUAUGGUGGAUACGGAGACUUCUCCUGCCCUGGCUGGAUUCUAUGUCUUCUGGACUAUGAUCAUUGUUCUGCAGGUGCUGAUCCCCAUUUCUCUGUACGUGUCCAUUGAAGUUGUGAAACUGGGCCAGAUCUACUUCAUCCACAAUGACUUAGCCCUGUACAACCAGCAGCUGGACUCUAGGAUCCAGUGCCGGGCCCUCAACAUCACAGAGGACCUGGGUCAGAUCCAGUACCUGUUCUCUGAUAAAACGGGAACUCUGACGGAGAACAAGAUGGUGUUCCGCCGCUGCAGUAUCUUCGGGGUUGAAUAUCCUCAUGAGGAAAAUGCUCGGAGGCUGGAGGUGUAUGAGGCUGAGAGGGCCGAAGAGGCGGCUGGUCGCUCGGUGACUCUGCAGUCGGGCCGCAGCAGAUCUCUGAGUUGCAGACACAGCUUCGUGUCUCUGCACACACUCACCGCUGCGGAGGAGGAGGAGGAGCUGACCAAUCACAGCCAGCCCAGCACCAGAGCCUUCUGCAGCCGAGUGGCAAAGGAGGUGCUGCCAGACCCGGAACUGGUGAGGAAGCUCAACUGGUUCCUUUCUCCUGCAUUGGCUCUGAGUGGCGGCUCCUCUGGGUCUCCCUCCAGCCUGGAGCUCACGUACAUCACUGACUUCUUCCUGGCUCUGGCCAUCUGUAACAGCGUGGUGGUCUCCUCUGCCAGCCAGCCGCGACAUGUGGUGCGUGAAGAACAGACACCUCUCAAGUCCCUGGAGGAAAUCAAGAUGAUAUUCCAGCGCCUGAGCUUCUCUCCAUUCUUAGCCCUCCCCAUCCUGUCCCCUCCCAAGAUCAAAGUCAGCCCUCUUAGCUUCACCCAUAGGAUGUUUGCCAGAGGGAAGACCGGCUUGUUGAACAUCUCCCCGUCAAGUAACAGCACAACGGACGAGUCAGAAUCAAGCCUAGAGGGCCACCUGGAAACCUCUAGCUUGAGACCUAAAGAGGACUUAUCUUCUAGACUUAUGGAAGGGAAUUCUGGACAGACAGAUUUCAGGGAGGUAAAGGAUGAUUUCAUAGAUGCAAAGAUGGACGGGGCCAGGCAGGAUGCGGAGGACUUGACCAUAGAAGAGGAUUGUAAGAGUGACACUGAAGAAGAACUGCUGUACGAGGCGGAGAGUCCGGACGAGGCGGCUCUGGUCCAUGCGGCCAAGGCGUACUGCUGCACCCUGAGGGGCCGCUCUGCAGAGAGCCUGCUGGUGGAUCUGCCUGGUAUCGGCUCCCUGCCUGUCCCGCUGCUCCACAUCCUGCCCUUCGACUCCAACAGGAAGAAGAUGUCAGUGGUGGUCCGCCACCCGCUCACAGGGCAGGUGGUGGUCUACACCAAGGGAGCGGACUCCGCCAUCAUGGACCUGACUGAGUCAUCAAAAGGUGCAGAGGAGGCUCAAGAGACCUCCAGACACAUCAGAGAACAAACCCAAAACCACUUAGACAGCUAUGCCAGAGAAGGCCUCCGCACACUCUGUAUCGCCAAAAAGGUUCUGGAAGAGGAGGAGUACCAGGUGUGGCGGAAGGGACAGCUGCUGGCAGAGAACAGCAUAGAGAACAGAGAGGAGAUGCUGAUGGAGUCUGCUCUCAGACUGGAGACUGACCUCACACUGCUGGGCAGCACAGGCAUUGUGGACAGACUGCAGGAGGAAGUCCCAGAGACAAUAGAAGCUCUGCAGAAGGCUGGGAUCAAAGUAUGGAUCCUCACCGGAGACAAAAAAGAAACUGCCAUCAACAUCGCCUACGCCUGCAAGCUCCUCUGUCCCAACGACCAGCUGCUGACGGCCAGCUGUGGCAGCAAGGAUGCGUGUGCAGCUUUACUCCUCGAGCUCCAACUGGAAGUGCAGCGCGGGGGAGUACCUGCAGCAGGGAAUCCUGGCAAGUCUUCAUCAGGCGGUGUGGCGGGCUUCGUCCUUGUGAUAGAUGGCCGGAUGCUGGACUGGGCCCUGCAGGACGAGCUGAAGGAAGACUUCCUGCUGCUGAGCUGUAGCUGCAAGGCGGUCAUCUGCUGCAGGUCCACCCCCCUGCAGAAGAGCCAGGUGGUCCGGCUGGUCCGAGACCACCUCAGCGUCAUGACCCUCGCAGUGGGUGAUGGAGCCAAUGAUGUGAGCAUGAUUCAGGUGGCUGAUGUGGGCAUCGGGAUAUCUGGACAGGAGGGGAUGCAGGCGGUGAUGUCCAGUGACUUCGCCAUCUCCAGGUUCAAACACCUGAGGAAGCUGCUGCUGGUCCACGGGCACUGGUGUUACACUCGACUCGCAAACAUGAUCCUCUACUUCAUCUACAAGAAUGUGAUGUUUGUGAAUCUGCUGUUCUGGUAUCAGUGCUUCUGUGGCUUCUCUGGGAGCGUUAUGACCAGCGCCUGGGUGCUCAUCCUCUUCAACCUGCUCUUCACCUCUGUGCCUCCUCUUAUCUGCGGCGUGCUGGACCGACACACUGCCGCACACACACUGAUGGAGCUACCCCAGCUCUACAGCGCCUCUAAGGUCUCUGUUCCCAGCAUGUUCUGGAUCACAGUCCUGGAUGCCUUUUACCAAAGCCUCGUCUGCUUCUUUGUGCCUUACUUUGCAUUUGCAGGGUCAAACGUUGGUGUGCUGACCUUUGGCUCUCCCAUCAACGCCUCCUGCCUCCUCAUCAUCCUGCUGCACCAGGUCAUCGAGAGCCCCACUCUGACGUGGAUCCAUGCGCUGGUGUUGGUGCUCAGUGCUGUCUCCUACUUCGGCUUCGUGCUGCUCUUCAGUUUGUUCUGUGUGACUUGCAGCCCCCCCACCAACCCUCUGGGGGUGGAAACACUCCAAAUGUCCGAGCCACUUUUCUACAUCAUAUGUGCUGUUACUACUGUGACAGCGCUGAUACCCAGGCUGCUGUUUCGAGCUCUGUUCAACACCUGUCAUCCCUCUGCUGUUCUGAAAUCAGCUCAGACGGACAGAAUGGAUUCUGAGAAUUAUGGGAAGAAAAUGCAGCGCUGGAAUCUGAGCCGGCCCAAAAACAGGCUGCCAGUGUGUGCAGACAACCUGGGCCUGGAGCCCUGAACAUACACAUUCUCCUGACCUUCAUGCAAACAUACAGUACACACACACACACACACACACACACACACACACACACACACACACACACACACACACACACACACACACACACACACGUAGAAAGAGCUGACAGUUCACAAGACAUGCUGGAUGUAAUGAUGAUCAUCUGACCAAUCCACUCACCAGCUAUUUAUUUAACAAUGAUCAUUUUGCUACAUGCAAGCAAACAAAUAACUUUGGCAAAAAUAAUCUAAAAGAGAAUGGGACAUAUUUUUAUCAGAUGAGUAUGUGUUUAAUAUCUAAAAAUGUGUGAAGGACAAGCUGUGAAUCAUGACAUCAUGUCAAAUCAUGAAUCUUCUGACAUUGGUCAUAAAUUAGUUAGACCAAACUUCACACUUUGACAUGUAUAAUAUAUGACAAAGUGUUUCCUUUUUUUUUAUUCAGAGGUGUUAUUGACGCUGCAGAGUGCAUACGCAGAUCAGAAUCAGAAGGAUGUGAUAUGAGCCAAAUCACUGUUUUGCUGUAUAUGUUAUAGAUAACUCAGUUAUAGAAUGAGUUAUAAUAUGGCUCAUGAAGACAUGUGAUCAGGCCUAUGAAUCAGAAUUUAGCUGUAAUGAGAUUUAUUUUUUGCCAGAUGGAGGACAUAGUGUAAACACUGAUAAUGGUAUCGUACUGGCUGACAUUUUAACAUAAAGCACUAGCAUCCCAGUGGAGUGCUAUGUGUGCCCCCCUAUGAAUGUAAGUAAUAUUUAUUGGCACUGUGGUCCACCAAUCUGGCUUUUAAGCUGUUGCUGGAGAUACCCGACUUUGUAUUUAGUUUGUCAUCGCAUUGUGCUGGUUCGCAAGUAGCAUGUGGCAAAGUAAGCCAUGCGUUUAUGUACUUGAACUAUUAGGUAGAAAAUCUGCUGUCAACAAUGUUGUUCCUCUUUAGGGGUUCAUAUACUCCAAGGGCCUAAGUACACUCUGGCACAACCUAAAACAUUCUUAAAAUCUGAGCGCUGUUGGAAUGUACUUUGGGAUAUUCAUAGCAGCUCACUCUUAGAUCAGAGUGCCAAGCGCAGUGUAUGUGCGAUAGAGAUAGAGCACAUGUGGAAGUUACUUUUUUUGCCAUACUAUUUAACCAAACACUUAGCUAUCUAGCUGGCUUACGUUUUCACAAAAUUUGCUAAAGUUAGCAAUAGCCUUCAUUUUCUAAUUGAUAGUAAUAGCUUGCUAGCUUACAUUUUCUCAACAUUAGCUAACAUUAGCAAGCCUACAUUUUUUUUACUUAGUUUCAUACGCACAUUGUCUACUGGCUAUCAUGUAGCAAGAUAAUCGUCUCUUAUGUUGUCAUCCUCAGGCACUCACUAUAUUUUUUACAUUUUUCUUUAAAACAUUCUUACUCACCUGUUACUAAAUUCAUGUAGGAAUAGAACACUGUGUUUCUUUGAACAACAGCACCCUCACUUUAGUGUAGACUGACAUGCAAUAAACGAAAACAUGGAAUAACUCAGUUGUCAUAGAGAUGGUUAGUUUAUGUUAAUAAUCAAGAUUGGCUAAGUCCUUUUGAAAGAAACCUUUCAGUUUGGAUGUGAGCAAAGAGAUCGUGUACUGACUUUGUGUUGCUGCACUCUCUAUCUGUACAUAAAAACAUGAAGGUGCUAAGUGGGAGCAAAGCCUCAAGGCAGAGCUGUUCCAACGAUGAUAACAGACAUCACAUCGAGAUUUAAAGGUGAUUUUGUUCCAAGAAGCCCUGAACCUGUAGUUUGACCUGUCACUCUUUUUAUAUGUUUUAUAUUUCAACAAAAAUUGAAAUAUUGCGGAUUAUUUACAUCAUAACUGCAGUGCAAGAAAUACAGUGAUUCAUUGUUAAAGGGCAGGUUAAGUUAAGUUGUGUUUAACCUCUAGAAAAACAAAUCACCUUUAGUUUUUUCGUAUUGUUUUCAAAUGCAGUUUUACAUUGUUAGAAAUAUUUCUUAAUGUUUGGGGUUUUUUUGCUUUUAAAGCACUGAUUGUUUUCAAUGCAUUGGAAAUGAAUUCAGUUUUGAUGAACGCUGUGAUGGAUUGCACCACAAAUGUGCUUAGUGUGUAAAAAUGAGUAGAAACUGGUGGAUUGCUUGGAUGUUAGAAACAUACAUUGACAUCUGUAUAAUGUCAAAAAGACUGGUGUUAGCUGCAAGACAUUAGACAUCAUUUGGGAUGAGACAGGGUUGUUGUAGAUGGUAUAUGAAAUGGUUUAUAAUAUUUUAACAAAGACCAUCUUAGAUAAUUAAUCAUCAACCAAUGAAGCAAUCACUAACGAUGUGCCCAAUGAGUUUUAUGUAGUCGUUGGUGCAGCCUGACUUUAUGCAAAUCUGACAACAUGAGGCCUUAAAUUCGAUGCAAUACUUUCACAUGUGAGUGUUACUACUAAAUUGCAUAGAUUUUUAUAUUGUGUAAAUUGUUCUUUUGGAUGUAUGAUACACAUUUUCCUUUUUGCUGUUUCAGACUUUGCAAUAAACAAACUAUAGUUCAGA